GUUGUAGCUCAGAUGAGAAGGAAAGCGUAUUCAGUUGAUUUCAUCUUGUUCAGUAAAAAUAGGCCACCGUUACUUUUCUCAAAAGCGUCUGUGCCCUUGCUCAGGGAGACAGUCUGUAACUGUUAUUUGUAAUUGUUGAAUGGGUUGGUAAACGUGAAGCUGGCCUCAGCAUGGCGGAGCAAAGAACGGAGAACCGGUGGAUAGAAAUCCCUCUUCGGGACACUGAGGAGGUGAUUGAGUUAGAUUUGGAACAGCUACCCGACGGGGAGGAGGUUCUAAGUAUCCUCCAACAUGAGAGAGCUCAACUCCACAUCUGGCUCACGCUCGGGCUCCAGUACUAUCGUCAAGGUCAGGUUGAUGACUUUGUCAAGAUUUUCGAGGCAUCACGCGUCGGUGCCGCUCUGGACUACCGGGACUAUCAGAAAGAUCAGAUGCAGGCGCUUGACACGCUGGCUGCUCACCAGGUGCAGCUAGCGCACAGGGAGAAGAACAAGGAUCUCAAGAAGGAUCUCUUUCAAGAGGCGACUAAGUUGUACACGAUGGCUGAUAAAAUUCUUAUGUACGACUUGAAUCAUCUCUUGGGCAGAGCACUCUUCUGCUUGCUGGAAGGGCGUAUGGAGCAGGCUGACGCACAGUUCAACUUUGUCUUGGUGCAGUCAUCCAACAACAUACCUGCUCUUCUGGGCAAAGCAUGUAUUCUGUUCAAUCGCAAGGACUUCAAGGGUGCACUGGGAUUCUACAAGAAAGCACUGAGGACUAAUCCGCAAUGUCCGGGUUCUGUACGCAUGGGUAUGGGGUAUUGCUUUGCGCGACUCGGACACAACGACAAGGCGAAAUUGGCGUUUGAGCGUGCAUUGGAGCUGGAUCCCAAGUGUGUGGGUGCGCUUGUUGGCCUGGCGUUGAUGGAAAUGAACCAAGGAGAGCCGGAGUCUAUCCGCAAGGGUGUUCAGCUGCUGUCGAACGCAUACACGUUGGACUCAGCUAAUCCAAUGGUGUUGAACAACCUCGCCAACCAUUUCUUCUUCAAGAAGGACUACACAAAAGUACAACACUUGGCACUGCACGCUUUCCACGGCACGGAGAACGAGGCCAUGCGCUCGGAAAGCUGCUACCAGCUGGCACGCUCCUUUCAUUCUCAGGGUGACUAUGACAAAGCGUUUAAGUACUACUAUCAAGCUACGCAGUUUGCCUCGCAGUCGUUUGUUCUGCCGUUCUUCGGUCUCGGACAGAUGUACCUGGAGAAGAACGAUUCGGCAAAUGCUGCGCAGUGCUUCGAUCGGGUGGCGAAGGCUUGUCCGAAGAACUACGAGACCAUCAAGAUCCUGGGCUCACUCAACUCUAAGUCCAAGGAGCAGGAGAAGAAAGAGCAGGCCAAGGAACACUUGAAGAAGGUGACGACGGAGUUUCCCGACGACGUCGAGGCGUGGAUUGAGCUUGCCGGCAUAACGGAACAGACUGACACCACAGCAGCACUGACAGCGUAUGAGAAGGCAGUGGACAUACUGCAGAACAAAGUGCAUGCUGAGAUUCCACCAGAGAUUGCCAACAACAUGGCCGUGCUCUACUGUCGCCAGAAUGACUUUGCCAAGGCUGAGCCUCUGCUGACCAAGGCCAGCGAGUGUGUGCAGAAGGAAGGUCAGGACGAGGACGUGUACUACCACAGCAUCACCAUCACGAUACUCUACAACAUGGCACGCCUCAUGGAGUCACGGUCGCGCAUGGACGAGGCCGAAGCGCUCUACAAGCGCAUCAUCAAGGAGCAGCCCAUGUACAUUGACUGUUAUCUGCGACUAGGUUGUAUGGCGCGCACACGAGAACAGUGGUACGAAGCAUCGGAAUGGUUCAAGGAGGGCCUUCUUCAGCAGCCGGAACACCCUGACGCUUGGGCUCUGAUUGGCAACCUUCACUUCUCCAAGCUGGAGUGGGGACCUGGUCAGAAGAAAUUUGAGUUCAUUCUGAAGCAGGCGGCAACUGCCAAUGAUCCGUACGCGCAGCUGGCACUGGGUAAUGUGUGGCUGCAGACGCUACACGUACCAACCAAGGAAAAGGCAAAGGAAUUACGUCACCAACAGAGAACGCUGUCUAUCUACAAGCAGGUGCUGAGAAACGAUGCCAAGAACUUGUACGCAGCCAACGGCGUAGGUGCCGUUCUUGCACACAAGGGAGCGUUCAGAGAAGCACGUGAUGUGUUUGCUCAGGUGAGAGAGGCCACGGCCGACAUUGCCGACGUCUGGCUCAACCUGGCGCAUAUCUACGUCGAGCAGAAGCAGUAUGUCAGUGCCAUUCAGAUGUACGAGAAUUGUCAGAAGAAGUUCUACCGCGGCAAGAAUGUGGAGGUGAUGCUCUACAUUGCCCGGGCGUACUUCAAGGCCGGCAGACUGGAUGACUGCAAGCGCUACCUUGUCAAGGCUCGUCACAUUUCCCCGCACGACACGGUAUUGCUGUUCAAUGAGGCAUUGGUCAUGCAGCGCUUGGCUAGCAGUGUACUGCGCUCUGAGAAGAGCACUCUCCGCACGGUCUUGAAGAGCAUCGCCGAGCUGGAGAUGUCCCAACAGUCCUUCCGGUGGUUGGCACGCCAUGGCGAUCGCAUGAAGUUCGAUCUCGCGCAGGCGGAUAGCGAAGCAAGGCUCUGCAGUGAUUUGCUGAGUCAGGCCAAGUAUCACGAAGCGAGAGCACGCCGCCUGGACGAGGAAGAACGCGAGGCCAAGCAGCGGCAGGAGAAGGAGAGAGAAACCCUUCUUGAAGAGAAACGCCGUGCCGAGAUGGAGAAGGCACAGAAGAAAGAGGACGACGAGCGGCGAGCAGCUGAGCAGCGUGAGCUUUUCCGCCAGAAGACCAGUGCCAUUCUGCAGUUCCAGCCCGACCCGACACCAUCUCGCUCUGGCGGUGGUUCGAGGUCAAAGCGUGCGAAGCAAACAGGCGACCUUUACAGCGACGAUGAGAUGGAUGAAGCACCCAAGAGAAAGCGAGGUCGCAAGGCGGCCAGCGGUGAUGCCGUUGAAGACGGUGAUUCCAGUGACGACGGGGCACCGGCCAAGCGACAACCUCGGUCGAGAAAGCGUAAUCCACCAGCGGAUGGAGCCAAGCCCAGAAGUAGAAAGCGCAGAGGGCGGGAUACAGAAGAUGUGUCAAAGGCGAAACGAGUUGCCAAGCAGAGCACCAAGUACGACAGUGACAUCAUCGACACCGAAGACGACGAGUCGACGGAUGACGACGCCAGGAAGGCAAAGAAGGCGCAGCGGGGUGACGAUGCCGUUGCCGACAGUGCCAACUCCAACGACGACGACGACGACGACCAGAGUGACAAGGAGAGGAGCAGUAAGGCUGGCGGCGAAGACGACACUGUUGAUGACGAUGACGAUGACGAUGAGGUGCUGAAGAUUGCGCCGCGGGGCGAUUCUCCGGCGAGCAGCAGUGCUGAAGAAGAAGGAGAAGAAGAAGAAGAGGAUCCCACAGCAGCAGCGGCGGCAGGAUCCGGUGGGGAUGAUGAGUCCACACCGGCCGUGCGCCGCCCUCAGCGCCGUAUUGAAUCCAGCGACGAGAGCGACUGAGUGCUGCGUGCCCACGCAUUUCACGGCUCGUCUCCAUGGCCGUCGCCAUUGUCGUUGCCAUGGCUGGAGCCCGUACUCCCUGUACAGACGUUGUACAUAUGCAUACAUGCUGAUUCUGUUAGCUGGUUUCCUACGCCAUAUACACACCUCUAGGACUCGUCCGCCGCGCUCUUUCUUAGCGCUUCUGCUUUUCCUACUUGUCAUGUAGCUGCUUUGCUUUCGCUGGAGCUUCUGCUUGUUAGUAUUCUUCGGGGACGUCUCCACACUCCCCCCCCCCCCUCCGCGCAUGCACGCAUACGUGUGUGUAUGUGUACGUAUAUGACUAUGCACUCCGUGGCACACGUGGGUGCGCGUGGGUACGACGUGUAUACCGGUGUGUGUCAUAGUUGUUGUUUUAUCUAAGUAAAUGUGUCCAUAGCUUCAUUUGUGUGUGUGUGUGUAUGUGUAUGUAUGUGUGUGUGUGUGUGUGUGUGUGUGUGUGUGUGCGUGUGUGUGUGUGUGUGUGUGCGUGCGUGCGUGUGCGUGCGUACGUGUGUGUGUGUGUGUGUGUGUGUGUUGUGUGCGUGCGUGUCCUAGUUCCAAUAGUGUCUCGUUGUCUACUGCAUGCUGGCAUGCUGUGUGUGUGUAUAUUUUUUCUCCGCUGUUGCUCUCUUGUACAUACUUUGGCUGGUACAUUCUUAGGCUGUUUCUACACAUAAUUCGUUGUGACACGUUAUGAUCUGUUAUGAUAUACGUGGGGAUGGUGCCCUUCUUCUGACCAACCCUGCCAUGUUGAUUCUCUUUCUUCAGUUGAUAUACAUGUAAACCGUUCUGUACUCUGACCCUCAGGAUCAUGCUGUCAUCUGA